UGUCACCGUCGGUCAGUGCAGCAGCCAUGCGCCCUGCGGCGGCGCCUCUGCGGAGCUUCAUCGCCCGCUCAUCUUCUAUCCAAACGACGCUGCUUCAGCGAUGCGCCAUCAGCACAACCGCCCUCCGACGAAGCGACAAUUCCACGCCCGGUGAGCUUCAGGUGGGAGAGCUGCAAGGCGCAACAUUCCGUGUUGAGCCCCUCCGAAGAGUCGGCGAAGACGACACAACCAAGCGCGCAAGACUGCUUUACCAGUCGCGGAAGCGCGGAACCCUCGAGUCGGAUCUUCUCCUCUCCACCUUUGCCUCUCAAAACCUCCCGACAAUGACAACCGAGGAACUGACCCAGUACGACCUCUUCCUCGACGAAAACGACUGGGACAUCUACUACUGGGCCACCCAGAAAGAGCCAAACUCCUCCACCAACCCCUCCGUGACAUCCAGCCCUGCCAGCGCCUCCUCCGGCUCCGAAUUCAUGGAGAGGAAGCAGGACGAGCUGCCCAAGGACCCUCCCAAGGGCGAAUGGGCGCAGACCGUGGGCAACUUCAAGCCUGCGUACAGGCCUGUGCCGCAACGGUGGAAGGAUAGCCAGAUCCUGGAGAAGCUGAGGACGCAUGUUAGAAGUAAGAGCGUAAAUGGAGGCGAGGGCAAGGGCAUGGCGUUUAUGCCGCCGCUGGAGUCAUGAUAGGGAAUACCUACAUAUUGUAAGAAAAUUAGAAUAAAAGAUCAAACAAAGCAAAAAGGGACAAGGGGCAGUCAAAUAUAAAGGUAAAAGGUCAAAGAAUGGUUGGGAAAAUAC